AUGAACGACUCAACAGAGUUUGACUACACCGUUCAGGUGCCAGGAAUGAUCGGCUGGUUCGAUGCUUUCCGCGACGACUUUGGGCCAUCCAAUUUUGGGACGCUCACACAUCCAUGCAUCAAUGUUAGGGUGAGUUCAAUGGCGACAUUUUACCGUAAUUUUCGUAAUCUUUUCUUCUCAAAAACCUUUUUAUUAUGCUUUCUAUUUCCUCUAAAUAACCUUUGUGCCAAAAUUCAGUUUUGUUUUUCUGCAAUACCCAUCUCUUUCCUACUGCAAUAUCAGUAACCUAUGUUUGGAAAUAACCCCCAAAAACUGCUCAAAAACAUUGAUUGAGCUUUAAACAAAGGUUUAAAAUUUUUCAGACAGUCAUCAUAUUUCUGCUAUUUGUUUUGCCCUACAUUUCCUUCCUGAUGAUCUUGCCGGGUGUUCGGGAGAAGCGCGUCAUUUCCUUCGUCACCAUCACCAUCCAAUUGCUGGUCGGCAUUCUGAUAAUCGGUGAGAUUUUUAUAAAUUGUUUCCGGACUCACGUGAACUAUCAUACUUUACAGCGCAAGUGUAAAACCGCGGCGUUAUGAGGCGUUGAUUUAUUGGAGUUUAAAAUACGUUCAUUUGAUUUUUAGCCUCUCUUCGACUGCCUUACUGGAGUGUUGGGGACACAGUUAUGGUAUCACAAUUGAAGGCGUUCUCAACGCAACGGCAUGAGGCCAAGAUUGGGCUGAGAGUGGGGCUGAAGUCCAUCAAUAUUACUAUGAGAUGUAAGCGAGAGAAAGUUGAGAAAUCUCCAUUUGCUUUUUUGACAGCUAAGAAUAUUAAAAAAUCAAAAAAUAGCAGUAUUUUCAGGCGCCUCACUUUUGGAGGACAAUUCUCUAAAGCCGAUCGCAGCGGACGCCCAAUUAUACAUCAAUGAAAAGUUCACGCUGAACGGAGUCAAAGAUAUGGUAACAGAAGCGCGAGCCGCCUACGAAGAGGGUCUUCCCUACCCAGUCCUCAAGGUCCUCGAAUAUUUCCGGAUCGGCGAGGACUCUUUUGAUUUUGGGAUGAAAUAUCGACAAGCUGGCCAUUACGCCGGAGCCCUUAUCUGGUUCGGCUUUGCAUUGUGGGUGUGGCAGACGGUUCUGUUGCUCUUCCUGCCCCAUCACUACUCCAAGGUCGGGAUUUUGUGUGGAAUCGCGGUGUUGAUUGGGGACAUUAUCUACGCCAUCAUGACGCCCGAACCUUUGAAUAUUCCCUUUAUGGGGAAAGAUGCGGGCACGGUGUUUUUGUCGACGGCUUUUGGAACUUCUUUCUACUUGAGUUUGUCAGCAGGUAGGUCUUUUCCUUGGGACCGGUCUAUAGUUACAUUAUUUUAGGGAUCAUCUCCAUUUUGUUCAAUCUCACACUGAGUGUGCUCCAAUACAUUCGAGUAUACACUCUUUCUACACUGCUAAGCUCUUCAAUGGACGAAACAGUUGGCCCUAAAUGCAGAUACGGCCGUGAUGUCGUUCCUGUUGAUGAGUUUGUAACAAGUCAUCGAGUGUUGGCGUUUGCUGAAUCGACCAACAUUCAAGCCAAAAAGACCGAUCUGACUGAUCCAAAAUUAUUGAUCGUCAAUAAGACAGUGGGAUCCAGCUCAGGAUUUCAGUCAGGAUCAUCGCUGAGAUCUUCAACAAAAUCAAUUUUAUCCAGCCUGGCGUCGGAUCGGCUUCAACGGACCAUGUCAACGGACACGAUGGACCACUCGCACAUGACUGACGACGAAAUGGGUCACAAAGACGAGUUUGUUGAGCAUGGUCACCAAGUAUAG